UUAUUGCUUAAAUAACACACUGUAUAUUGGCACAGUAGAAAUCAAUGGCUAUAGUUCGUACAUAUUCUGUGUGUGUGCUGCUUUUGAAAGCAAAAGUCGAAUUUAAAACAUUGUCAUUGUUGAAUUCGAUUUUCACAAUAGCAAGACAUGACUGGAUGGGUUAGCUAAACUAGCAAGUCUUUGUUUUGUUACCAAGGAAACUACUGUAGCGACCUAGUAAACUUGCUUGCUACUUCAGUGAAUUGAACACAUUUCUAUCGGCAAAUGAACACAUUUCUAGCGCAGCUCAGGAGAGAUGGGUGACUCUGGCAGCUCAGGACAGACGGGCGACUCUGGCAGCUCAGGACAGACGGGCGACUCUGGCAGCUCAGGACAGACGGGCGACUCUGGCAGCUCAGGACAGACGGGCGACUCUGGCAGCUCAGGACAGACGGGCGACUCUGGCAGCUCAGGACAGACGGGCGACUCUGGCAGCUCAGGACAGACGGGCGACUCUGGCAGCUCAGGACAGACGGGCGACUCUGGCAGCUCAGGACAGACGGGCGACUCUGGCAGCUCAGGACAGACGGGCGACUCUGGCAGCUCAGGACAGACGGGCGACUCUGGCAGCUCAGGACAGAGCUGCCUCACGGCAUAACACGGUGCCUGCCCGGUCCCUCUCUCUCCACGGUAAGCACGGGAAGUUGGCGCAGGUCUCCUACCUGACCGUCCCCGUGUGGCUCCCCUCAAUACAUUUGAGGCUGCCUCUCUGGCUUCCAGCUGCGCUGCCGUGCUGCCUACUCAUACCGCCGCCUCUCAGAUUUCGCUGCCUCCAGCUCUACCUUGGGGCGGCGAUAUUGUUAGGAAAUUAUGAUUAAUAUGACUGAACAAAUCAUUUUAAAUGGAACUGUAAGUAAACUUAUACUCUGUUAUAUUAUAUCUGAUUAACAAUAUGAGUUCAUAAGAAGAAAUUGUGUGACAGGACAAGGAGGAAUAGAAUGUUAAUGAACACCAUUUCUACUGGGCAGGAACAAAUUGGUUGUGGACUGUGUAAACACACAAGGUCGUUAGCCUAUGGUUGACCCAACCUGAAAUUUAGCUCUGGGGUUUUUAGAUUAGGCAGUCAGUGCAUCCCUAGGGUUUCUGUAAAUUAAACCUGUCAGUUCAGUGGUGAUCGAUAAUGUUGAGGGGUCAUAAGUUAUCUGGGAGUGUGUUAGUAAGUUAGAAUGAACUUUUCACCUUACUUUGUCCUGUCGAGA